AUGUCUACCAAGUGCGACAACUGUAAUAAAUCUAUUACAAAAAGUUCCCCCGGAGUGGAAUGCAACAAAUGUGAGCGCAUAGUACAUCUCAGUACAAAAUGCACUGGAUUAACCAACAAGCAGCUCAUCGCUCUUAAAGCAGCAUCUCCUGGAUUGGGAUGGACAUGCCUGGAAUGUGUGCAGGAGUCGUCGAAGCGCAAAUCUUCAAUAUUUGUACCAGAGGACGAUGACGAAGAGGAUGCUGAAAAUCGAGCUCAAAUCGACUCUGCGAAACUACUAAAGGACAUCUCAAGUGAAGUAGAAAAAACCAUCAGAAAUGAAAUGAGGCAGGUAAACGACUCCCUACAGUUUCACAGUGCCAAACUUGACGAAGUAAUGGGAUGUAUUGAAACAUUCAAACAAACAAUCAAAAAUUUAGGAAAAAAGAACGUUGAGUUAACUAACAAAAAUAACAAUUUGGAAACUAGGGUAGGCGCCUUAGAACAACAAAUCCAAGCGCUGGAACAAGAAAAACUCUCAAAAUAUAUUGAAAUUGCAAAUGUACCCUGGCAUAUAAAUGAGAAUGUGGAAAACUUAGUCGAAAAUUUGGCUCAGAAGUUAAGCUUACCUAAAGCCGGUAUCAAGCAAUCACGUAGGCUGCGAGGGAAAAAAGAGCAGGAAAGUAGCUUACUAGUAGAACUUAAAGAGGAAAGUAUACAGGACGAGGGGUUGGCAGCAGCGAAAUCCACAACAGUGACCGUUGCAGAUAUUCAUCCGCAAGAACAAAGCAACAAUGCCAUCGUGUACAUCAGGGAAUCUAUGACUCGGCUAAAUAAACAAAUACUAUGGCUAGCAAAACAGGAAUUAAAAAUUAAGCUUAACUUCAAAUACGUAUGGUUUAAAAAAGGGUUUGUAAAGGCACGUAAGGAAGAUAAAGGAAAAAUACACUAUCUAAGAACUCUUAAUGACGUGAACGUAUUAGCCAAACAGAACAAGUAA